AUGGGCCACUUCCGCACGUAUAAAGAGGACGUGUUCGAGCAGGGAUUUCUCCAUCAACCUCCUCUUGUAGAUUUUACCAUGGUAUCCGCGGUUGCUGGUCUGUCACACGGAUGGUACCGUCUCGGCUUCGCAUGCGGCCUCCUCAUGUCGCACGUCGCUCUGAUUGCGUUGACGGUGCGUCCUAUCGUGAAGGCGGCAGAUCUUCUAGUGGCGGAAACGGUCGCGGUGGCGUUCUGGGCGACGGCCCUUUGCGUGCUUAUGAUCGCAGCGAGCCUUAAAUGUAUUCGACGUGGCACGAUGGACCACUGGCUCAUAGAGGCGGCGAGCUCCGCCGCUCUCUUUCUUUUCGAUCUGGUCGCCGCCAUCGUCUUUACCACACUGACCAGACGCAGUCACACUGAGGGAAUCUGGCGGGUCUGCAUCGACUACAGGCCGGUAGACCCCGGCUGUACAACCGCCCUUUGGGUCCUGGCAGUAUCAUGGUUCGCCGUCGUUCUGAGCAUCGCGAGCUGCUGCCUGACCGCGAUCCAAGACCAGUCGGGCCUCCCCGGCUGGAUAUAUCGCCGCCGUCAGCGCAAAGAGGUCGAACCCGCCCUGCCACUCGCUCGAGAUUACCCCAGGAGGGGCGCGGUUCCGCCGGCCGGGACCGCUCCUUCGGUGGGCUUGCCGCGCAUCAUUCAUCUUCGGGACGAGGUGACGUCGGGCAACUCGUUCGCGUUGGGCCCGCUGCCACAGGGUACGUCGGACCUCGGAAGCGCACCGCCCCCUUACCGCCCGGAACGUCGACAGGACGAGGAAUACCAAGGGGUUAUCAGGUGGCUGCUUUCUUGA